AUGUCGUCAUUCUAUAUCGAAAACAAGAAUGUUGGCAACAAGGCCGAGAGCGAGGAUUGGAGAAUUCGCGGCUACAACCCGCUGACGCCGCCUGACCUCCUCCAACACGAAAUCCCCCAGACGGCUCAGUCCAAGCGCACCGUUCUCGACAGCCGCGAAGAAGCAGUCGCCGUCGUCAACGGCACAGACCCGAACCAGAGGCUCCUCGUCAUUGUUGGGCCAUGUUCGAUACACGACCCCAAGGCUGCGCUCGAGUACUGCGAUAUGCUCCUGCGGGAGAAGGAGAAACACAAGGAUGAACUACUCAUUGUAAUGCGCUCGUACCUCGAGAAGCCGCGCACAACAGUGGGGUGGAAGGGUCUCAUCAAUGACCCAGACAUUGACAACAGCUUCAAGAUCAACAAGGGCCUGAGGCUGAGCAGGCAGCUGUUUGUCGACCUCACAGACAAGGGGAUGCCCAUUGCUAGCGAGAUGCUAGAUACCAUCAGCCCGCAGUUCUUGGCCGAUCUUCUAAGCGUUGGUGCUAUAGGUGCGCGCACGACAGAAAGCCAACUUCAUCGGGAGUUGGCGAGUGGGCUCAGUUUCCCAGUAGGCUUCAAGAAUGGCACCGACGGCACACUAGGUGUCGCCAUUGACGCCAUUGGCGCGGUCAGGCACCCGCACCACUUCUUGUCUGUGACCAAACCGGGUGUGGUAGCCAUUGUAGGCACAGUGGGCAACGAAGACUGCUUUGUGAUUUUGCGCGGCGGCACCAAGGGUACCAACUACGACGCGAAGAGCAUCGCCGAGGCUAAGGCAGCGCUCCAGAAGGCCGGAGUGCGGGAACGGCUCAUGGUCGACUGCAGUCACGGCAACUCGUUGAAGAACCACAAGAACCAGCCCAAGGUGGCGGCGACGCUAGCCGAGCAGAUUGCAAACGGAGAGGACGCCAUCAUGGGCGUCAUGAUCGAGAGCAACGUUAACGAGGGCAACCAGAAGGUUCCCAAGGAGGGCAAGGAGGGUCUGAAGUACGGAGUGAGCAUCACCGAUGCAUGCAUCGGCUGGGAGGACACCGUUGCCGUCCUAGACAGCCUUGCAAAGGCUGUAAAGCAGCGGAGAGAGACGCGAGGCAAGGACGUCUAG